AUGGUCGUUUCCUCCGCAGGCUACACGCCACGAGUUGUCUCAGGCGCUAGCACAAGCAGCUCGGAGUCUAACGCCAUCUCAGCGACCUCGUCAAGCGACACCAACAUCACCGUCCCUUCCUGUACCGAGGAGGAGUCCAAAGAAGAGCCUGGAUGUGCACGACAGGUUGGGAUCGAGACCGAGACGCCACAGAGUAUUGCCGAGGAUGCAUCUGGCACGUUCACGUUCCUGCGCUGCCCCGCCCCCGCGAUCACACGCGAGCUGCUGCGACUGCCCAUCUGCCACCAUCCGCGACGCAUGGCGCUGUGGGCGGCACAUAUCGCGGUCCUGCGCUGGCUGGAGGCGGAGGGUGAAGCCUUUGAGGCCUCGGAGGGCGGGAUUGAUGCCCCAACCGAACUCAAAGUUGGGCCGGACGUAUUUGCGUGGGCAGUCUUCAAGUGUGUGCUGGACAUGCAUUCAGCCCUGCAACGAGGCGAGAGGGCGAGCGAAAAGCGCUCCCCUCUCCCUCGUCCGUGGCGGGAAUGGGUCCAUUUGACGGACGCCAUGAUCGACCGCGCCCUGGCGCUCGCCCAAUCACGCCUGAACGCUCCCCUCCCACCAACGACGGUGCACGAGGCGGGCCGCCUUGCCCGCCAAGCGCUGAACUGGACGUGGAAACCGUUGGUCGACUCCUCCCACCCGCCACGGAGCUAUGAGCUGCACCGGCCCUUUGCUCCGGGUCAGUUUGGACGCUGCAGUCCAUACUGCGAGGAGAACAGGGAGCUCGUCUUCCGUCUCGCCGACAUGCCGGGAGACGAGAGGGAAAGGGUUAGGGAGAGCGCUGCCGGUCAGGCCGGUCAGGCCGGUCAGGCCUGGGCCGCGUGGUGUGAUGACCCCGACCCCCUCCCCGCAGACCAGGCUCAGGCCAGGCAACCGCCCCCUUUUGAGAAGUACGACUUCAGCUCGUACAACAAGUACACUACCUGGACGGAUGACCUCGCCUCCAGGGCGAAGUCGACCUCGACUCGGGCUCGUUCGAAGCAUAUCGGGGUAGAGGCACCGAGUGGCUGCAAAAAGGAGCGGGCAGAAGGGAUGAUCCCCCUGAGCCAUCGUUGCGUCCGUGUCUCGCAUCAACUUCAAGAGUCCUACGCGAGGGUGUGCGGGAAGGAGGUUGAUGAAAGAGGAGAACUCGGACUGGGACUCGGACUCAAGCACAGAGGAGGACGUCAAGGUGAGCUAAGUGCCUGCGGGAGAGCUGACAUUCAGCCGAAGAAGACUGCUAAGCGCGCCAAGGACGACCCAGACAGCGACGAGGACGAGAAGCCCCCGAAGAAGAGCAAGCCCGCUUCGAAGGGCAAGGCGCCCUCGUCCAAAGCGGCGGAGGCCGAAUGCGGACAGCUGUGUGCUAUGGCGCCCACGGGUUUCAAGACUGACAAGACAAAAAUGAUGAGGAUUACUACUACUCAAGCGGGUCUCAAGCGGGUCUCAAGCGGGAAGCUGCUCGGCGGAUGCGACGCGGCUGUGCUCAUUGCCCGGCGUCUGCGGGCCGCUCCCUCGCCGCUGGUUCCGACUUCCGCUCGACUCACUACUCUCGCCAAGCUCGCUCCGCUCGCUGCUCUCACUCGACACACUCGGCUCACUCCGCUCGCCGAGGUUGCUUCGCCCUCGACACUCGCGACACUCGCUUCGCUCGUGUCGCUCGCCUCCCGCGUGUCCCGCUUCUAA